AUGGCGGAUGAGGCAAUCACUCGUUUGAACUCCUAUGUCGGCUUUGACUCGAUCACCCGUCAAAUCGAGCACAAGCUUCUCAAACGUGGUUUCCAGUUUAAUGCCAUGGUGGUCGGCCAAACCGGUCUCGGGAAAUCUUCGCUGAUCAAUACUAUCUUUGCUAGUCAUCUGAUCGACUCCAAGGGCCGGCUUGAGGCUGAUGAGCCCAUUCGUCAAACCACAGAAAUUCAGGCCGUCAGCCAUGUGGUUGUUGAGAACAACGUCAAACUCCGCUUAAACAUCGUCGAUACACCUGGAUAUGGAGAUCUAGUCAAUAACGAUGGCUGCUGGGAGCCGAUCAUCAAGUACAUCAAAGAUCAACACUCGGCUUAUCUUCGCAAGGAACUCACUGCGCAACGAGACAAACACAUCCAAGACACUCGCAUACAUUGCUGCAUCUAUUUUAUCGCACCCACCGGACAUGGGCUGAGGCCCAUUGACAUCAUUGUAAUGAAGAAGCUUAGCGAGGUCGUUAACAUUGUGCCUGUGAUUGCCAAGUCGGAUAGCCUUACACUGGAAGAGCGUGAGGCAUUCAAAGUUAGGAUUCGAGAUGAAUUGCAUUACCACAAUAUCCGGUUGUACCCCUUUGACAGCGAAGAUCAAGACGCAGAGGAACUGCAGUUAAACGAAGCCAUCAGGAACAUGAUUCCUUUUGCUGUUGUCGGCUCCGAGCGUAACGUGAUCGUAGAUGGCAAACCCGUUCGAGGCAGGAAGAAUAGGUGGGGGGUCAUCAAUGUUGAAAAUGAACAGCAUUGCGAAUUCAACUAUCUCAGGAACUUUUUAACCCGAACGCACUUACAAGACUUGGUUGAGACUACUGCCCAGAUCCACUAUGAGGCAUUCAGAAGCAAGCAACUAUUGGCAUUGAAAGAAUCUAGCGCCAAUAAGGCCCACCAGCCUCAAUCCAAUGGAGCUUAG